AUGGCUCGUACACAGUUCGAUCUUAUUCAAUCACUUGUUCAUGAAAAUACUAUACAAGAUGAAAGAAUUACAUACGCUAUGUUAGCAACAGAUAGAUUUGAUUUUUCAACUGGUCAAGUAUAUGAAGAUGCUCCACAAUCCAUCGGUUAUAAUGUAACGAUAUCCGCUCCACACAUGCAUGCUUUUGCACUUGAAUUGUUGCGAGAUAAACUUGUACCAGGUGCUCGUGUACUUGAUGUUGGUUCUGGUUCAGGGUAUUUAACAUUAUGUAUGGCUCGUCUUGUUUAUCCAACUGGAAAAGUAUUUGGAAUAGAACAUAUUCCACAAUUAGUUCAUUUAUCAUUAACAAAUAUUGCUAAAAAUGGUCGUUCAUUUCUUGAUGAUGGUACAUUAGAAAUCGUAUUAGGCGAUGGACGGUUCGGCUAUCCACAGGGUGGACCAUAUGAUGCUAUUCAUGUAGGAGCAGCAGCAUCACAUCAUCCUAUAGAAUUGAUUAAUCAACUAAACCCCGGUGGACGUUUAGUUGUACCUGUUGGUAUUGAAAAUCAAACACUGAUGAUUUAUGAAAAAUCAUUAGAUGGUUGCCAAGUACACGAACAAGAAACAAUGGGUGUGAAUUAUGUACCAUUAACAGAUAAAAAUGAACAAUGGCCUUAUUGA